AUGACGGCCCAAGCUAAAGCUGUGACAACUCAAGCUCAAGCCAUGACGGCCCAAGCUACUAGGGAAGUGGUUGCUCCGGCUAAUCUAAAUGUGAAUUUAGCGACUUCAAGGAUUAGGGAUUUUGCAAGAAUGAAUCCUCCCGAGUUCCAUGGCUCCAAAGUAGGAGAGUUUGUGGAAGAGGUUUUCAAGAUACUUGACAUUAUGGGGGUGACUUUAGUAGAUAAAGCGGAGCUAGUGAUGUACCGAUUUAAGAGUGUUGCUGAAGUUUGGUAUACUCAAUGGAAGAGAAAUAGGCCGGUAGAAGCGGAUCUAAUAGAUUCGGAAGUGUUCAAAUCGGCAUUUCAUGCAAGGUAUUUUUCCCAGGAAUCGAAGGAAGCUAAAGUUGACGAGUUCAUCAAUCUUUUUCAAAGGGGCAUGAGUGUGAAAGAAUACAUCCUAAAAUUCACGCAAUUGUCCAAGUAUGCUCCAUCUUUGGUGUUGAAUCCAAGGGAUGAGAUGAGUAGAUCUUUGACGGGUGUGUCCGACUCAAUGGAAGAAGAAUGUUGUGCAAUAAUGCUUUCUGAAAACAUGGAUAUAUCACGUCUUAUGGUGUCCGUGGAACAAGGUCAACCACGUUUCAAAAAGAGGUCCUUUAACAAAGAUUCUUCAAACACUCCAAGGAUUAACCAAGAGAAAGAUAGUGGGCCUCCAUUUCCUAAGCCUACUUUCUCCAAUUGUGGAAAGAAGCACCAUAGGAAGUGCCUAGCCGGUACGGAUGGUUGCUAUGGUUGUGGAAAGAAUGAUCAUCAAGAGAAAAAUUCCCCUACACUUACGGAAAACGGAAGAGAAGUCAAUCAGGCUUCUCUUAAUGGUAUGGUUCCCAUUUCUCCAAAUUAUGGUCGCAUUUAUGCACUCCGGUCUAGAGAGGACAAAGGAGCCAUUCCGGAUGAAGGCACCAACAUAUUGAUAGUUCCUUAUAGAUGUUGA